AAAGUUUCAAAUGUAUGUCUUGGAAUAUUGGUGGAGCUGGGAGCGCCUCCUCUGCCAGAGCGCUCAAGUUCCUUGUCAUGAAUUACAGACCUGACUUCCUUUUUAUCUUGGAACCGCAGAUAAGUGGCGAUUCAGCAGAUAAGGUGUGCGGGAGGCUGGGGUUCUCCAAUGUUAUGCGUGUUGAAGCCGAGGGGAGGAAGGGAGGCAUAUGGCUUUGCUGGAAUGCCUCUGAUUUUCAGCUCCAAGUGCUCUCCGCCUGCUCCCAGCACCUUUCAGUGGUGGUCACUGCUCGUUCAGCCCAGAAAUGGCUCCUCACAGCCAUCUACGCUAGUCCGCGGCCCUCCCAACAGCGUUCUCUUUGGCAAACUCUUCUUCACACCAGCCUUACCAAUGAUCUUCCUUGGCUGCUGUCUGGAGACUUUAAUGCCAUUAGAACGCCAGAGGAGAGAAUGGGCACUCCCUCGGAUGCCACUUUUCGCAGAUGUAAAACCUUUAAUGACAGGAUUAACCUAACUGAGCUUAUUGAUUUGGGUUUUACAGGGCCUCGCUUCACCUGGACUAGGGGAGACAAUAUCAACUCGGUCAAAGCGAGUCGGAUUGAUAGAAGCCUCUGCAAUGCCCUGUGGAAUGCCACCUACCCAAACACUACAGUCAAGCACCUGCCUCGCCUACAGUCAGACCAUCAUCCUAUCCUUACCUCGACUGGAAUUCAGGGAGUUCAAUCUAAUCUGAUUCGACCUUUCCGUUUUGAGGCCGCCUGGCUUACUAACCAGGACUUUGAUAAUCAGGUGGAAGGUGCUUGGAAUCUUCAAGCUCCUCUUCCUGCUGCUCUGGCAGAGCUCGCUACUAGCCUCAAUCACUGGAACAGCUCAGUCUUUGGCAACAUUCUCCGCAAGAAAAGACGCCUUCUAGCUCGCAUUCAGGGCAUUCAGGAAAGGGUGGCUAGCAGCUUCUCUCCCGGCCUUUACAAACUUCAAGCCAAGCUAGAGAAGGAACUUGAGGAGGUGCUCGAGCAGGAGGAGCUGCUGUGGUUCCAAAGAUCGAGAGAGAAGUGGGUCCAACAGGGGGAACGCAACACUGGCUACUUUCAUCAACAAGCCAUCAUUCGCAGACGCAGGAAUAAAAUUGACAGUCUCAGGAACACCAAUGGCGAGUGGGUAAGCGAUCCCCAGGAGUUAGCUAUGUUGAUUUUUGACUUCUUUGCUUCCUUGUAUCUCCAGGAUAUCGCUGAUUACGAGGACUUGAUGCCAAAGUCAGCCUUCCCGCGACUCAGUCAUGAGGAGUUGGCAGCGCUUCUGCGACCUUUUAGGGGGGAGGACAUCCACCAAGCUGUUCAUGGGAUGAAGCCUUUUCAAGCCCCGGGCCCCGAUGGAUUUCAUGCUGCCUUCUAUCAGAGAUCCUGGAGGGUGGUGGGGAGAGCCCUCAUUGACAUGGCUUUGGAGUUUUUUACUACAGGGAGUCUCCCGGAGGGUGUCACCGACUCUACUGUGGUUCUCAUCCCCAAAGUCGAACAUCCAGAGAUGGCCUCACAGCUCCGUCCGAUCUCUCUCAAUAAUGUGUGUCUCAAAGCCAUCACGAAGGCGAUCACCAAUCGGCUGAAGCCUAUCAUGAGAAAGUUGGUCUCCCCGCGGCAGAGCAGCUUCAUUCCAGGGAGACAAACUACAGACAACAUUAUUGUUUUGCAGGAGGUAUUGCACACCCUCAGGAAGAAGAAAGGGAAGAAGGGGGGAAUAGUGAUGAAGAUUGAUUUGGAGAAAGCCUACGACCGGCUUCGUUGGGACUUCCUGAGAGAUACUCUCAAGGAAAUCGGGCUUCCUAGCUCCUGGAUUAGCUGCAUUAUGUACUGUGUGGAAAACAACAAGAUGAGAUUGUUGUGGAACGGAGACCUCUCUCAAACCAUCACCCCGACUAGGGGGGUCAGACAGGGAGAUCCCCUCUCACCCUAUCUCUUUGUUUUGUGUAUGGAGAGACUUUCCCACAGAAUUGACCGGGCCAUCCAGGAGAAGCAAUGGAAACCCCUAAGACUUUCUCCGGGUGGCCCAACCCUUUCUCACCUUUUUUUUGCAGAUGAUCUAGUGUUGUUUGCGGAAUCAGACGCUUCUCAGAUAAGGAUCAUAAAGCAAUGCCUUGAUGAGUUCUGCAGCAGCUCGGGUCAAAGAGUGAACUACCACAAGUCAGCCAUGUUUGUCUCCGCCAACAUCCCUAGGCGCAGAGCUAGGGCGCUCAGUGAGCGGAUGGAGAUCCCUCUCACGGUGGACCUGGGGAGAUAUCUGGGAGUAAUGGCCAUCCAUGGACGUGUCAAGCGGGGCCGAUACCAGGACCUUAUCAUCAAGAUCCAGAGAAAACUAGCUCCGUGGAAAGCUAAGCACCUUUCCAUAGCAGCUCGUAUCACUCUUGUUAAAGCAGUUACUUCCUCUAUUCCCAUUUACCCCAUGCAGGUGGAGCUUCUUCCAAAGACUGUUUGCAAGACUCUUGACCAAAUCAAUCGGGGGUUCUUGUGGGGGGAAUCGGAAGGGAAGAAGAAACUUCACCUCGUUGGUUGGGCCCAGUUGACUCAACCGAAAGACAAGGGUGGGCUCGGAAUUCGCCCAGCCAGGGAGGUCAAUUUGGCCAUGCUGGCUAAAUGCGGAUGGCGGUUGAUGACUGAAAAGCAGACUCUUUGGGCUCAGCUAAUGAGGAGCAAGUACGGGAAAGAUAGGGCCAACUUGGAUCUCAUCAAACCAAAAAAGGGAAGUUCCUUUACCUGGAACAGUAUCUCCAAAACUGAAAGCUUGCUGAGAAGCGGCUGUGCUUGGAAUAUUCAUAAGGGAACGCUAACCCGCUUCUGGUCUGAUGUUUGGAUUGAGCAGGUACCUCUAGAGGAGCUAGCCACUGGGCCGAUUCCCGAGGAGGAUAGGAAUGCCAGGAUCUCAGCUUUCGUGGACGAGGAGGGGACUUGGCGUACGGAGAAAUUCAGCAACAUUCUUCCCGCGGAAAUUAUUCACCGCAUCACAGCGGUGGCAGUGGACCCGAUGGCUCCAAAUGACGACACUCUUUUUUGGCACCCUACCUCCGAUGGACGGUUCUCAACAAAGAGCGCUUUCCACCUCCUCCAGGUGCAGACUGACAAUGGGCAGAGCAAAACCUGGAAAGAAAUUUGGAAGCUAGAAGUCCCGGAACGAGUUCGCUGCUUCAUGUGGCUAGUUGCCCACAACAGGAUUAGCUCAAAUGAGCAGCGAGCGAAGCGGCAUAUUUCAGUGACGUCUGGCUGUUUCAGGUGCGAGAAUCAGGUGGAGUCUACCUUGCAUAUCCUCAGAGAUUGUCCCCCAGCUGCUUUUGUCUGGAUGCGCACGGUACCUGCAGAUCAACAUCAAGCCUUCUUCAGCAUGGACUUGGACCUCUGGCUCGCCACCAACCUGCAGAAGACCGAUAGGUAUGUGGAGGAUACACCUUGGAAUGCCUUUUUCAGUAUUGCCAUCUGGAACCUUUGGAAAAACAGGAACGGAGGCGCUUUCAGAGGAAUCGAGAAGACUCUAUCACCGCCAUCCCUCGUCCAAGCUAUUAGGAUCAAAGCAGGCAUUUGGUACAAGGCGUGGACGGCUCCGAGGGACAGCUUGGGACGCAGAAGUGCGCCGACUCAACGGGUGACCAAGGAUAUCAGCUGGAUCCCUCCCCCUCUGGGAUGGUGCAAGCUUAAUGUGGAUGGGGCCGCCAAUGGUACUCACGGACCUGCGGGAGCGGGUGGUAUCUUGAGAGAUCACCAGGGGAGAUGGAGGCGUGGUUUCAUUGUUAAUAUGGGGACCUGCUCGGCGAUUCAAGCGGAGCUCUGGGGAAUUUUCCAUGGGCUCGGUUUGGCUUGGCAGAAUGGUAGCAGAACCUUGAUUGUUGAGACUGAUUCCCAACUUGCUCUCCAACUCAUCGAGAAGAGGAAGGACCCUGUUCACCCGCUUGCAACACUUUUGACGGCAAUCAGACGAAGACUAGCCCAAGACUGGGUGGUGCGUCUUUGCCAUACUUACCGGGAGGGGAAUAGAGUCGCGGACUGGCUCUCGAAGCACAGUCUCGUCUAUCCCUAUGGGAAGUAUGAUUUAGACACACCCCCGGAAGCUCUUCAGGCCAUUAUUGGAGAUGAUAUGAGAGGGCAAUCUUUCCCUAGGAAUGUGGUGUUGGCAACUCCAGAGACCCAUACCUUGUUGUAAUCUAGGCACUCCCCCUCCCCCCUUGUAACCCCUUCUUUUCUUCGGCCUUGUGCCUCCCCUGCUGCAAAAAAAAAAAAAACAAACAACCAUUGGUAACCAAACAAUAAAACAUUAACAAUUUUGACAAAGAUUAAUAAUGAACAAAUGCAACGUUACUACAGAAACAAUUAACAUUAAUGUCGGAAAUUAAAAAAAAAACAAUGGAACAUUAAUAAUUUCAACAAGCAAAGUUAAUAGUGCUAUUUCAAAACAGCGAUAUUUUUAUCUUUAAAAAAUGUGAUAUUUAUAAGUUAUUUGAAAUAACUACCCCAGGUGGCUUGUGUCAGUAUUGGAAGAAAAACUUGUAAAUAUAAAUACAAUUAUUAAAUAUUGGUGAAAUUUGAACCAUAAAUUUAUCAAUACGAGUCAAUAUUUCUACCAACAAACCACAACUAAAUAGUUCAUUGAACUUAUCGUCAUUUGUGCACAACUAAAUAAUUACUGGAAUUUAUCAUCAUUUGUGUAUAAAUAAUUUUAAAACAAAAUCAAACUUCAUUCUUCAUGUCUCAAAUUCAUUAUUUUGUUCCUCUUCUUUGAUAAAAUCCCGUUCUUUUAUCAUAAUAAUGACUUCUCUAAUAAUUUUAAAAAAUUAAAAAAUAAUAAUGACUUCUCUAAUAAUAAUACCUUAGAUUUGGAAUCUCAAACACAUUAUUUAUAUUUAUAUAUAUUGUGAAGAUAGACCAAAGUUUUACUAGAACUAAAUAGAAAACUUCACUCUCACGUCUCAAAUUCUUAAUUAAGUCUUCUUCUUUGACAAAAUCCUCCUCUAGUUAAAACUCGUUAAAUUUAUUUUAUCAUAAUAACGAGUUCACUAAUAAUGAUACUUUCAAUUGGAAUCUCUUUACUCAUUAUAUGUAUUGUGUAGACUAGAGGUUUUCUAGAAUUAAAUAGAAUUUUCAGUUUUUCAGGAACAUAGUCAUUGAAAUAAGCAAUUUAGCUUUGCUACUAGCCUCAACUGCAAGUGUAGAAAGAACAUCUACAAUGAGCGACGUGAACAACACUCUUCAAUAUUGAAUAAGUAAAAAAAUCAUAAUAAUUGUUUGAUUGAAUAUAUUGAGAUUAUAAUCAUAUAAAUGUGUCGUAUAUGUUUUGCAAAUAUGAGAACAAUAUGCAAGACAAGGGUCUAAAAUUAUCUUUAAAUGUUUUCUGGAAAAAUUUAAACCCACCUUGUACAAAUUUUUUGACUAUGCUACUUUCUAGUGUUAUUUGAAAUAACACAAAAGUGAGUCAAUUGAAAUAACUUAUUCCAAAAUACCACAUCUCAUUCUAUUUUUUGUCAAACAAAGUCAUUUUUAACUCAAAUAACUUAUUACAAUACCCCAUCCAGAAUUUUGGUUGGAUCUAAAAUAUCAUGAAGGAAAUAUAUCAGGGUCGAAAAACUUACCAAUAUAUCACCUCGAACUCCAGCUUCUUCUAUAGCUUCCCUUACUGCUGCCUCUUUAACAGUCUCAUCGUUCUCCCACCCUCCCUACACAUGCAUAAAUAAUGUUUACUAAUAUAAGAGAUAAUCACUAUUCCAAUUGGAUUAUAUUUUGUAACUUUUUUGAAGUGUUAUUUUGCUCAAAAAAACUUAAACCAUAUUAAACAACUCCACAGAUGAGCGUUUGAAAGAACUUUUUUUUUUUUUUUUGACAAAAGCUUUUGAAAGAACUUAAAACUUUUUAACUCAUAAAAGCAUAAGCUUUAAUUUGGAAAUUCUCUAAAAAGUUCUUUUAAAAUAGUAGAUUAUCCUUAACAUAUUUAAAUUUUUAUUAAAAAAAUUAUUUUCUUUAAUUUAUAUCAUUCUUAAACUAAAAAAUUUAUAAAAUAAUAUUAUUAUUGGAUAUAAAAAAAAUUUAACAAGAUCAAGUAUGACAAUUUGUAUAAAAAAAUUAAUAUAUUUUAGAUUUGAAA